AUGAGUGAGGAAUUUGCGGCCCCGCCUCACGGCAGUGCGGAGAGCCCGCACUCUCCUGAUUCAACAACGAGUAGAACAUUGACUGGUGACGACUCGCAACGCCAGUCCCGCAGAGAUCUUCUCUCUCCCAAGAAAGGCGGAAGUACCCAUGUCUAUCCAGUUAGACAUUUGUCGCCCAGUCCUGCACCAAGUUCCCGGCUAUCAAUAGAUUCACAGCUCUCGACUCACCACAAUAAUGGCCCGGCCUCACCGUCUUCCGAGGGGUCUCCCCUCCAGAAGUUUUGGAUACGAAAUAAGGGUGCUAUCCUAGUUGCUGCGUCUCAGUUAUUUGGAGCGCUGAUGAACUUGAGCGCUCGGCUGCUUGAGCUGGACGGCGAAGGAAUGCAUCCGGUACAAGCGCUAUUGAUCAGGCAGUCGUUGACUUCUAUCCUGUGUCUGCUUUACAUGUGGUGGAUGAAGACACCAGACGGCCCCUUUGGCCACAAAAGCCUUAAAUGGCUGCUCCUUCUCCGCGGGUUUGGUGGGUUCUUCGGUAUAUAUGGAAUGUGGUAUUCGAUGAUGUACCUACCCCUGGCAGACGCGACUGUCAUUACCUUCCUGGCUCCCGGGAUCGCAGGUUUCAUCUGCUAUUUCGUCCUCAAGGAACCAUUUACCCGCAUUGAGCAGCUCGCCUCCCUGGUGGCUUUAGCGGGCGUAGUCCUAAUCGCCCAGCCGACGACAUUCUUCGCGGCCUCCAACGGCGUAGAUCCCACGACGGCUGAGGCAGCGGAAAAUGCGGGCCUUCCGGGGCUGGACCACGAGGCAACACCGCGGGAGAGACUGUUGGCCAUCGGCAUGGCGCUCGUGGGGGUUCUCGGAGCUGCGACCGCCUUCACCACUCUGCGUGUUAUCGGAAAGCGAGCCAGCCCCAUCAUCUCCGUCAACAUGUUCGGGCUCAUCUGCACCGGUAUCUGCAGUGUCAUCUUGCUGAGUGCGCCCUACCUCAACAUUGACCAGCCGGCGCUGAGGUGGGUUUGGCCUCACGCGUUCAAGGGCUGGGCCCUCCUCAUGUCACUCGGGGUGCUGGGUUUCGGGUUGCAGUAUCUGCUGACCGCGGGUCUGGCGGCGGACAAGUCGAACCGGGCCAAUGCCAUGGUCUACACGCAUAUGUUGUUUGCGGCCAGCUUUGACCGGUGGAUCUUCCACCACGAGAUGGACCUGAUGAGUUUCGGCGGGUGUGCCCUCAUCCUCUGCAGCGCCAUCGGCGUGGUGCUGAUGCGCAAGCCUCCACCGCCCAAGGUGGACGAUGUUGAGCGGCAAGGGAAUAUCGUCGGCAAUGGCGAGAUGUCGCCCAUGCUUGUGGGUGUGGGUGGGAAUGGCGAUGACCUGAUCCUCGAUCGACUGAGAUAG